UUUAUAAGUAAAAGUGUUUACGUUAAUAAACGUUCACAACUUUAUUUAAAAUGUUCCAUGCAUACUGUGAAGUAAAUCCAGAUAAAUAAAUGGAGCUCAAAUGUAAUAUUUCAAAUUGUACUUUUUUAUGAAUGAGAAGCCUUCAAAAAUCAGUUGACAGAUCAAGUAAACAAAAACCACGCAAUCUGUAAUAUAAAAUUGCCAGUGGUCCACAAUGCUGCACAGGGACAUUUUUAAAUUUUCGACAUUAUUUUCAGCAUCGGUGAUUCAUAAACUGUCCUGGACGCAGCUAGACGUGAGAGUGAAAAUGGCUUUGCCCACUCAUUACAAGGAAGGUGUGACGAUUGCAGAAUGGAAUCCAGGCCAAGUGAAAAGAACUUUUUUAUCAGAAUGCAUUUUACGAGUGGACGUAAAAUUUAAGAAUUCUAUGGUUAUAAAUGGAAGGUGUGUACAGCAGUUUUCAAAAACUGAAAUUAAACGCACUGUGUCUCGACAUUUUAUUUCCACAAUCAAGUACGAAACUAGUCGCCAAGACGUAUCAUACAUAACUGGCAUGUCUUGGAGUGUGUAAACUUUGCCGUCUGAAACUCCAGGAUUCAUUGGCUUUCUUGCGAGCUGCAAAGUAAUUAAGAAGAUUAAAAAAAAAAUUGCUUUCAUUUUCCAUUUACGCGAUUUUAUCUAGCCAAAUAUACUUCUAUUUUUAAAUCUUUCUUUCCUUUGAAUAAAAUUUUAUUUACAUAAA